AUGCGCGGGCUGACCGUCUUCAUCUCGGACCUCCGCAACUGCUCCUCCAAGGAGCAGGAGGAGAAGCGGGUCGAGAAGGAGAUGGCGCACAUCCGCUCCAAGUUCACGUCCGACUCCAACAUGAACGGGUACAACCGCAAAAAGUACGUGUGGAAGAUUCUGUACAUGUACAUGCUCGGGUAUGAGGUCGACUUCGGCCACAUGGAGGCCGUCAACCUCCUCUCCUCCCAAAAAUACUCUGAGAAGAGUGUCGGGUACGCGUGGUGCGCGCUGAUGCUGCGCGAGGGGGACGAGCUGCUGCGGCUAAUCAUCAACUCGAUCCGGGUGGACCUGAUCUCGCGGAACGACAACGCGGUCUGCCUCGCGCUCAACUCCAUCUGCAACGUCGGAGGCAAGGAGUUCGCCGAGACCCUCUCCAACGACGUGCUCAAGCUGCUGACGCACAACAUCACUAAGACGUACGUCCGGAAGAAGGCGGCGCUGACGGCGCUGCGGCUCUUCCGAAAGUCGAACGACACGCUGCCGGCGGAGCAGUGGGCGGACCGGAUUCUCGCCCUCCUCGACGAGAAGAACAUCGGCGUCCUCACCUCGGUCACCUCCCUCGUCCUUGGCGUCCUGGCGGUCGACUCGGCCGGCUGGGAGGCGGCGGCACCAAAGGCGGCGCGCACGCUGACGCGGCUCGUGCUCAACAAGGACUACUCGAACGACUACCUGUACUACGGCAUCCCCACCCCGUGGCUCCAGAUCAAGCUCCUCAAGGUGCUGCAGCACUUCCCGCCCCCCGAGGAGCACGCACUCAAGCUGCGCGUCUCGGAGGUGCUGCAGCGCAUCGUCUCCGGCACCGAGGUGACCAAGAACGUCAACAAGAACAACGCGACGCACGCGGUGCUCUUCGAGGCGAUCAACCUCUCCAUCCACCUCGGGCAGUCGUCCGAGACGCUGCCGCAGUGCAUCAACUUGCUCGGUCGCUUCAUCUCGAUCCGCGAGGCAAACAUCCGCUACCUCGGGCUCGACACGAUGGCGCGCCUCAGCCAGGAGCAGCCGCACACGCUCGACGACCUGAAGAAGCACCAGUCGACGAUCCUCUUCUCGCUCAAGGACCCGGACAUCUCGAUCCGCCGCCGCGCGCUCGACCUCGUGUACGCGAUGUGCGACACCGCCACCGUCAAGGAGACGGUGAGCGAGCUGCUCAACUACCUUGACAACGCGGACGACCACAUCAAGGAGGAGCUCGUCCUCAAGAUUGCCAUCCUGUCGGAGCGGUUCGCGUCGGACAACUCGUGGUACGUGGACGUGGUGCUGCAGCUCGUCCGCUCGGCGGGCGACCAGGUGGCGGACGAGGUCUGGUACCGCAUCGUCCAAAUCGUCACCAACCAAGGCGAGGACCUGCAGCGCUACGCCGCGCAGGGCGUCUGGACCAUCCUGAACGCCGAGGUGCUGCCGCACAAGAACCUGGUCAAGGUGGCCGGCUACGUGCUCGGCGAGUUCGGGCACACCAUCGCGGAGUCGCCCGGCUCCUCGCCCUCGGAGCAGAUCACGCUGCUGCACAAGCACUUCCGCAACGCCGACCCGGACGUGCGCGCGCUGCUGCUCAACACGUACGUCAAGAUCGCGCACACCUACGCCGAGGUGGCGCAGAUGGUGUCCGAGGUGAUGCAGCAGCACUCAGCCGCGAUGGACCAGGAGGUGCAGCAGCGCGCCGCCGAGUACAUCUCGCUCUCCGCCCCGUCGCUCGCCUCGAUCAAGGGCACCGUGCUCGAGAUGAUGCCGCACUUCACCGAGCGCGAGUCCAUCGUCUCCAAG